AUGCUAAGCGCGGAACGAGCGACUGAGCGACCUGCUCCAAUACGUCUCCCGCCCGCUCGUCCCAACUCUUCGAUCAACUUAAUAUCCGACGAACCUACCAGUCCGGCGAGACCUCGUUCCGCGACAGUCUCCCCGUCGAUUGUCGCGAGAAAGCAUCAUCACGAAGACAAGAUCAAACCAGAGGAAGAAAGGCGUCCAUCUCUUCCUGCAGCUGCGCAUCGCCUUCAGACACCUUGGACCAAGAAAGAAGAGACUCAGCCCCCCCGAAUCGAGUCAGAGGGACCUCGACGUCCGUCGGUUGCUGCAGCUGACCCUUCAGCUACCCGAGCGCUAGCCAAUAUCCCCGCGAUCGAGGCAGAGUCCUCCCUCGCUAUGGUCGAGGGCGAAGCUCCUCGCCGUCACUCGGACACUCCUGUUCGAUCUCUGCCUGAGGGACAGCCAGUGGAGAGGAAAAAAUCGAUGACUACAGCCGCAUCUAUUUCCUGCGCAUACUGCACCGCGACCGGAGUGAACUCCACAUGGCGCCGAGAUCGGUCGGGGAAGCCGUUGUGCGGACGAUGCUGCGAGCAACUGAGACGACGAAUGAACCCGCGUCAGGUCACAAUGACUCAUCCCGUCCGCACCGAUCGUACGCCUCAGCGACCUGUCACCUCGCAAGCACCCCAGAGGUCUCCUUCGCCUCGUCCUGAGAGGCGCGUCCAGGUCACUCGACAGGCUGCCGCAGUCGCAGCUCAUCCUUAUCGAAGGUCUAUGCUGUACGAGGGACAAGAAGGACGACGAAGUAGCAUCGCGACGAUGCCUACUUACCGGAGCCCUGCGUUGGCUUCGGCUGCUGCGCAGGACAGACAGGGCCGCGAAGGUUACGACAACUUUGGCAGGGAACGUGUUUCGCUCCCUCCGCUCAUGAACAUCGAGAGAAUGGCAGACGGUUUUGGUCCCAAAGUGAGCCCGACUCGACGGGCAUCUCGCCAAUACAAUCGGACGGAGGCUCCUACCGAGGCUGAUAUCCGCGACCGUCGAGCGAUGUUGAUGGAGGGUAGGAGAUGGAUCCUGGACAUGUUGGAUGACACUACGGCGAUGAUUAGGGAGCUAGACAACGCCACCCUGCGACCAGCGAUGAACGGUAACAGCUACGGGGUCGGUCCUGUUCAUUGAUAUGCACGGCAUCGUAUCGAUCGAUCUAUUUGUAAACCACUUCUUGUACAACCGUGACUGUAGUACCAGCCUGUUCAUUAAUUAAAUUCGUCUAAAUUAUCGUCUCCCGCCAGCGAGUUUGGCCAGCAAGCUGUUUCCCGUGAAUACUCCUGUCGGUUUCAAAUCCACCAACGGUUGUUGGGGCUUCCGUUCGGGAAUGGCAGACGCUGGGUGAGCGACGGGCGCAUAUGCUGCUGCUGGUGUGUUGACAGCUUGAAUCAUUGCACAGCUCUAUAUGAACACGGUCAGCCCUUCGAUGCCUUUUCUGGUCCGCAUCCCUCACAUACCUUGGCUGUGAACAGCGCUUCCAUGAGCUGAAUGCCGGGCGCCGAGUCUAACGAGAAUACGUGGAGAUAAUCUCCCGGAGAUUCAAACAAUGUAGCGGGUUCGCCUGUUUGGACAAAGACAUUCCGGUAAGACGAGUGGUUGUGAUGACGAG